GAGGAGGUGCAGCACCAGGAUCACCAGGACAGUCAGAAGAGGUUGACAGGAUGGCAAAUUUUAAGGGUCACGCGCUUCCAGGCAGCUUCUUCCUGCUCUUUGGACUCUGGUGGUCUGUGAAAUACCCACUGCAGUAUCUCAGCCAGAAAGUAAAUAAAAAAUCCCACAGGGCUUACUGUUUCCAGCGUGUGGAUGCCAUUGAAGGGGGAAUCAAAAUCUUCUUUUCUCUAACAGGGAUGCUGGCGGAGCAGUUUGUCCCCGACGGUCCCCACCUGUACCUGUACAGCGGGGAGAAGCACGACUGGGUGAAGCUGAUGAACUGGCAGCACACCACCAUGUACCUCUUCUACGGCCUCUCCGGGGUGGUAGAUGUCUUCACCUUCUUCUCCCAGCUGGUGCCACAGGGUCUGGAUCGCCUCAUGUUGGCCAUGGCUGUGUUUGUUGAAGGUUGUCUCUUCUAUUACCACGUCCUUCACCGCCCCAUGCUGGAUCAGCACAUCCACUCCCUGCUGCUCAUCGCCAUCUUUGCUGGGGCUGGAAGCAUCCUGCUGGAGGUUUUCCUGCGUGACAACAUUGUCCUGGAGAUGUUCCGAGCCCUCUUGACUAUCGUCCAGGGAACGUGGUUCUGGCAGAUCGGUGUUGUGCUGUUCCAGCCAUGGGGAGGUCCCAUGUGGGAUGAGAAUGACCACAGCAACAUCAUGUUCCUCACGAUGUGCUUCUUCUGGCACUGGGCAGCUGCUGUGGCCAUCCUGGCUGUGAACUUCAGCCUCGCUUACUGCUGUCUCCAGAGGCUCCGCAGAGGCAGUGGAGAGCCCUACAUCAGCCUGGGGCUCCGGCAGCAGAAGGGUGACAGCAGCUCCCAGGCUGCCUUCUUGAAUGGCUCUGAUGAAGAGUGAAGAGGGUGCAAAACUCCUGCUCCAAACACAUGAACAGUCCCUUUCUCAGAAGAAACAAAUCAAAUUGAAUAUUUUCAUUUUGGACGAGAGGUGCCCCAUGGUGCUGCUGGGAGGAAAGCUGAGCACACAGGGGUGGCUGUCCUCCAUCCAUACCCAAAUAUCUCUGGCUCAGACAUGGGCACAACUUGAAGUGAUUUUUAGCAGCAAAACAAACCACAGAAAUUCAACAUAACAAGAUUACUUCAUCCUGUGGGCUCCCCUGUAUGCUCCCAUAGGGAUGGAGGGCAUCUUUUGGCCAGCUGACUUUUCCAAGAGCCUGAAGGCUUUGACCUGCUGUGAUUGAAGUCAGGGAAAUCUCCAGGCUGAGGUCAUGCACCUCUGGAGCAAGGCAUCACCCCAAGGAGGACGAGUAAGAGAGUGCUAAAUGUGAGAUUAUGGCAAUUUUUGCAACACCAGGGCUUGAUUGCACACAAUACAAAUGUCAUUUCUGAAGCUUUGAACUAAAGAGGGGUUUUGUUAAUAAUUUUCCUGUUCACUUAAAGGCUAAGAGAGUAAAUAAAUGUGAAAUAAAAAUCCUCACUGAGCUGAUAUCCUUAAAUUUAAGACUGAUAAAUUAUA